AUGCGCGCUGGCGCCAUCUCCGGACUCGCAAGGUAUGCAGGGACCGGGCGACCUUUGGCGAACCUCCACCAGACUUGGAAGGACAACUACUGCAACUACUUCAAGUCGCACUACACACCCUCGAUCCGUCUUAUGGUGUUGUACAUUGUUUACAACCUGCUCGCAAGCCAGACAUUUCAGGGUCAGCUGCCGAUGUUCUUGGUGGUUAUCUCUUUCACAUUCUGGAUCGUGACGCCCGUGAUCUUUGCGCCGUUUGCGAGAUGCACAUUGAUCACACAGGACCUGCGAGACUUCAACGGCUUCAUCAAUGGUCGUGCUGGCAUCUCAGAGGCUGAGCUCGACGACCUCGUCGAUCGUGGCCGGAAGAACAAGAUGCCCCGCACUCUCUUCGAAUGCGGCUUAACGGACGCCAUCCUCUACUGGACUGGUGUGCCGUGCUCGGUGCUUCUUGCAAAGCUCGUCGGCAGGUUUGUGUUCUGUGCUGCGCUGGCGGUGGCGCUGCCUUCGGAGAUCAUGGACUACCUCUGGGUCUACUCGGUUCUUCUCUGUUUCCAGUGGUUGCUGGUCUUCGGCUUCUUCUACUUCAAUCUGAACAACAUCCUUCUCAUGUCGUCUUGGCUGGUUUGGCUCGCAGUUUUCCUCGUGGGCCGCCUUUAUGUCAUCGGCGUGGUUGGCGAGCAAGCCACGACACCCUCGCUUUGGGUGCGUCUUCCGGAGUUCUUCAUUUCGUUUCUGGUUUUCGUGGAGUACUUAGGUUUCCUGCACCACCUCGUCCUCACGGUCUUUCGCCUAGCGGUGGCAGCAGUGUCGGAGGACGGCUGCUUCUGCCUCCACAUGAAGCGGCGCAUCCCACGUGAAGCCAGCAACCGAAGGCUGCAUCGGUGCAUUCGGCUCGCUCAUGUGUUCUUCUUCUCGCAUCAACUGCAUACCUUACAGGCCUACAUUGUGCUUGUCGCAAACCUGAUGACUUCCCUGUUCCUCGCGAGCACGGACAAGGUCUUUUGCAACCUGAGAAUACACACGUGGUGGCUUCUCAACUCGGUUGCUGGAGACCCGAAGUACUUGGAGAGCGAGACGACGUGGCUGGAGGAUGCGAACAGGCUCGGCCUAUCGGACACGUCCUCUACGGUUACAGCCGGCGACACGUCCGAGGAAGCCAACGACAGCGGCUCGUCCGAG